AGUUCAUCGUUUCUAGUGUUUCAUUAGGGUUUUAAGUUUUGACAACAUUUUUUUAUAUUUUCUUAAUAGUACUUUUCUCACCCUACAAGGCUUCUAGGGUUAAGAGGCACUAUAUAUAGGAUAUUUAGGAGUAAUGUCUAACAUGAAAAAAAGUCUUUCAUUCUCAUCCCCAAGAGUUUUCUCGUCAGCCACAUUACCAUCAUGGAAAGUAUCCCACGAAAGGAUGAUGUCUCAGUAAUUGCAUCAUGGAAAGCAUCCCACGAAAGGAUGAUGUCUCAGUAAUUGCUGGGACUGCUCGGCGAAACGUAGCAGCCGGUAAGGGUACAGGGAGGAGCCUGUUUAGCAGAUCUGACAGCGAAAUCUUGGACCUCACUUCUGCAACUCAUGUUCCCGAUCAUCCUCAGGAACAUACCAGCUCUGACGUUUCUUCUCUUUUGUCCACCACUGAAGUCAUCAUCGUGCGGUCAAACGAGGUUAUUUCUGAUAUUUUGCGGGGCCUACAGCCAAGUGAUAUUAAGUCCUCUAGCUCCACUUCGGCAAAGCGUCGCGAGAUUUCAUACGAGGGAUCAAGUGAUGAAAUUGCCGUCGAAUAAAGAACGUUAGAAACACUUGGAAAUCUAUCAAAGUAUUCGUGGGGGUUGAAGGCAUUAUUGGUGCUAGCGGAUUUUGCUUUGGAAUAUGAAGAAUCUUACCAACUUGGCAAGUCAGUGGCAAUCCUUAAAGAAGUACCCGACCCUAAUCGAACCCUACAAACCUGAAAAAACGAAGCAAUUGUUCAGCUAGACAGCUCGAUGACGGGCACAUUAAAUGUGGUAAAGUUCAUCUUUGCGCCACGGCAGAAUUCCCUUCGUAAUAAUUGUCCAUAGGAUGUACCAAGCAUGAACAGUGGAUAAUAUCGCUGUAAGUGUCUUUUGGUCGAUCAUAACUGUUGUGGCUUGCGAGAAUCAAGUCGCCCGUCUUGCUAGUGAGGAGUAAGUUUUCUUCUACAUGCCAUUAUUAUAACGAUCGAAGUAAUGCACUAACAUUGCUAUAUAUGUAGACACAAAACUGACCAUAUAUGUCUCGCAUAUAUACAAUUAUAAAUUGUAUAUCUAAAUAACAUUAUAUUGUACAGGCAUUGUACUAAAACUCAAACGAGAAAACUUAAAAUUCAUUUCUCACACCUAAAAUUAUUGUAAAUUAGAUCUUAAAAUCGUUCAUUUGAGACCAAUUGAUUUGCUCGAUUUCAGGGAGAAGCCACUCGAUCUAUCCCAGUUUUCUUCUAAAAUCGACCAAAUCUACAGAAAUUGACCUUUCGUCUCAGAUUGUGACUGUCCAUUCGUUUUUCUGCGUAGGAGGUUACGGCUCAGGUCCUAUGACCAUGCCUGAGCCUAUGGAGUUUUUAAUAAAGUUAAUUUUUCAAGAGGAUAAUACGCAGACCGUACUUAUUGAUGGCUCGACUAACAAUCCGGUUUGCUUUCUUUCUAACCACAUUGCUCCUCUUGAUCAUUUGUUAAUUAAUUAUUGCAUGCUAUUUGUAUUUGUAUAAUAAUUAGAGGCAGUGCAUAUGCAGUGCUACUAGAUCAUUUUUGAAUAACUAAUAACUAUAUUA